AUGGAUAGAGAACAAGAAGAGAUGCAAUUCUUAGGCCUCUUUGAUAUCUACAUAGAAGCCUACAAACUCAUCUACAGAUGGAGGAAAAUAUUCAGCCAAAUCACCCUAUCUUUGAUCCUUCCUAUGUGCUUCAUCAUCUUAGCUCACAUGGAAAUUUACCAUCUUUUCUUCUCUGACCUUAAACACUCUGAGUUUCAGCUCCUACACACACACACCGGCACGGCGAAAUACAACAAGAUCUCUGAUCACAUAAACUCAGAGCUAUCCUCUCUAUGGCUUUUCAUAAUUGUCUACAUCACUUUCCUCAUCAUCUUCUCCCUUCUUUCAACCUCUGCUGUGGUUUACACAAUCGCAUGCAUAUACACUUCACGUGAAGUCAAUUUCAUGAAAGUUAUGAGUGUUGUGCCUAAAGUUUGGAAGAGGGUUAUGGUCACUUUCUUGUGUGCUUUUGUUUGUUUCUUCAUCUACAACCUUGUUGCCUUCUUUUCCCUAGUUAUAGUGUCAAUAUGGGCUUUCAGCAUGCAGGGAGAAAAUGAUGGUCUUGUUAAGUUUGUUCUCGUGAUCAUGGUGAUUGUUUAUGUCCUUGGAUCCGUGUACCUUUCAGUUAUAUGGCAUUUAGCUAGUGUGGUAACUGUGUUGGAGGAUUCAUAUGGGGUGAAAGCCAUGCUUAAAAGCAAGGAAUUGUUAAAGGGGAAGAUGACAAUAGCCUUAGUUUUCUUUUUCAAGUUCAAUCUUUCACUUGGUAUCCUAAACUUUAUUUUCAAGAAGUUUGUGGUACAUGGACAUGGGAAGCAUAUGCAUCUAGGGAUGUUGUAUAGGACAGGAUUUGGGUUGCUUUGUCUUCUUAUGAUGUUCAAGUUGGUGUUAUUUGGUUUGGUGAUACAAACAAUUAUUUACUUUGUUUGCAAGUCCUAUCACCAUGAGAACAUUGACAAAUCUGCACUUUCUGAUCAUCUUGAAGUUUAUUUGGGUGAGUAUGAACCUUUGAAGUCCAAAGAUGUUCAAAUGGAGGGUUAUGAAGUUUAA